ACAGUACCACUUCCGGUUUGAUCCCGCUACCUUGACCCCAGCCUGACCAAAACAGGCGGAGAUUUCGUCGCUUUUCAAGCUUUUAAACUACAUACAAAGCUUCUACUUUCGACUGAUCAGUCCCGGGGCACUUUGUGGUAGUCAUAACGGUCUACUAGGAUGCCGGUCUUUGUCGAAUUAUCUCGGUAACGUUCGCCUUCAUCAGGACACUAAAUAGAAAUCUUUAGAAAUAGAUUCAGAAGGAAAUAAACAGUGAACUAGCCAUCACACGUUCCAAGAUGUCUCUACCAUUGGUAUCGUUUAUGAGUCGGAACUGCAGAACGCCAUGUUUUCUGUCAUGUUGCUGUUGCAAUGGCAAUAGGAUCGGCGUGCACGGACAAAAUAGAGGGUUGCCUUCAAAUACUAGUAGUAGAAGUGCAACCCCCUGUAGCUAUAGGUUUCUACACAGUGGAAAGCAGUCCACCAAGCUGUUCUUGGGAAGGUACCUGUUCAGAGUGUACCAGCUGCCAUUUUAUACAGGACGCAUGUCCAAGUCUUCCUCGGACGAAACGGGUAGCGACGCGAAGGGUAAGAAAUUAACGAGGGUGAAGGAAAUGUACGAUUCAGCCUCCAGUAGUGUUCUCAGCGUCACGAGCGACUUGCAGAGAAAAGCACUCGGACUGAGAGACCAGAUUAACAUGCCAACUAUCAAGUUGCCAGACGUGAAACUAAACAACUUGAAGGACGCUGUAAGAGUAAGUAGGCUGGUAAACAGAAAGUCAGCUGAAAGUUCGUCACCGACAUAUUCAAAACCUCGCUCAGAAGACAGUGCAAAGGAUAUGAAGACAGACCACUAUAGUGCAGCCGCCACUGUGGAAGAGUUUAUAAAAGUUAGCAAAGAGAUGGAGGGAGAGAAACAGCUGGUAACGGUUGACGAGAGGACGUUGAAAACUUUGGAACGGUCCACGAGGAAGCCACAGGACAGUAUGAGCAGGGCGAAGAAGGAUUUUGUCUCGAAGACGAGCGUAUAUGUGAGGACGCGACAGCUGGUGCGGGCGACAAGGCAGGCUGGGUCGGGCAUGGCGCGGCUACUCCGCGUGGAGGAACUCACCAAGCAUCUCAUCAGCUUCCCGGAGGCUCGUGUGGUAGCUGUCAAGGAGAAUGCGAUUCCUGUGCUGCUGCGUUACCGUGACAACCCGUACCAGCCACUCGUGGAGGAGGUGAGGGAGACGCUAAGCCUGCUGGGAUACGAGGACCCAGUGAAGGGCAGAGGAGUUCGGAUCCUGUCCAUCGAUGGGGGAGGGACAAGGGGUGUAGUUGCCGUGGAGACUCUACGCCAGCUGGAGGAAAUGAGUGGGAAGUCCAUCUACCAGAUGUUUGACUACAUCAGUGGUGUCAGCUCUGGGGCUAUACUGGCUAUACUGCUGGGAGUUUAUAAGGUCUCACUAGAUGAGUGUGAGGAGCUCUACAGGAGGUUCAGCGAAGAGAUUUUCAAGCGGAGCACGUACGUUGGAGUCGGCAAACUCUUCCUGUCCCACGCUUUCUACGAUACAGCAGCCUGGGAGAAAAUGCUGAAGACAGAGGUUGGAGACAGGCUGAUGAUAGAAACAGUCCGGGAUCCAGCCUGCCCAAAGAUCUCAGUGGUGUCGACCCUGGCGAACCACCCGUCCCUGCGGGCGUACCUGUUCCGGAACUACAACCUGCCGGCGGGCGCACCCUCACACUACCACGGCGACUGCUGCACCCGCGUCUGGGAGGCCGUCAGGGCGUCGUCAGCCGCGCCUGGUUACUUCGAGGAGUUCAAACUGGGACAGGGAAUUCACCAGGAUGGAGGAGUGUUAGUGAACAACCCCUGUGCCGUGGCGAUCCAUGAGAGUAAGCUGCUGUGGCCAGACACGCCCCUGCAGUGUGUGGUCUCAGUGGGGAUGGGGCGGUACGAGCCGGACAACGUCACCAGCUCCUCCAGCCUCAACCUCCGCACCAAGCUCAGCAAGGUGGUGGAGAGCGCCACCAACACUGAAGGUCAGCGGUUUGGUACCUCCCUAAAAAUGAUAGGAGAUGGAAAGAUGAAGGUCGUGAAAAACCAGUACAAGCUCAGAGUGGCGGCAGACGUCCUGACUGCAGAAAAGGGCGCACUGCAAAGGGUGAAAGAUGGGAACCAGUACAAGCUCAGAGUGGCGGCUGACGUUCUGACCGCAGAAAAGGGCGCCCUGCAAAGAGUGAAAGACAGUUUAAAACUGAAGAUGGACAUGUACAGAGAUUUCUAUGACAUACCAUUGUCUCUUGUGAAGUGUUUAAAGAAUGAGCACAAGCUCAGGGUGGCGGCAGACGUCCUGACUGCAGAAAAGGGUACUCUGCAAAGAGUGAAGGACGGUGUAAAACUGAAGAUGUACAGAGAUUUUUACCGUAGAUGAGACAUACUAUUGUAUGUUUUACAAUCAGUACAAGCUCAUGGUAGGGCCAGACGUCCUGACCGCUGGACGGGGUAAAACUGAAGAUGGACAUGUGCUGACAUUUCUAGAUGAGACAAUGUCGUGUCGAUGUAACUAGAGGUGUUUUAAGAUUACGAAUAGAAAGAAGCUCAGGGUCCUGACCUUCGAAAAGGGCACCCUGCAAAGGGCGGUGUAAAACAGUAAAAACUGAAGAUGGACAUGUACAGAGAUUUCCACCGAAAAAGACAUACCAUUGAUGAUUGUAAGAAAAGACUCUGUUUUCACAACACUUUCUUUUAUUUCCACUGACGUUUUGGUGACCGUCUGUCACCUUCCUCUGGGCAAUUCUGGCUGAUUCACAUUGUACUGCAGCUAUGGGAACCUGUCAUGAUUGCCCACCAAAAUGCUCAAUUGUUAAAAAAAAGAACUUCAUUCAGUGAUGUACGAACUUGA